GCAAAAUUGCAAAAAAAAAUCUAGAAUAACGCGCGUGUCGCGUGUUUAUUUGUUAAUUUGUUCUAUUUUCGCUUAAGUAGGUAUAAUAAAAACCUUAUAUCUUCUUUAAAAAGUUAUGGUCGUUAAAAAACUUAACCGCAAUGUCCAAACGGAAAGCAGGGCUGAACGAUAUCAUUUAUGAAUUAGAUAACGACGACAUAGAAAUCAGCAGUGAAGAUGAGGGUAAAGAAGCAAAGAUACAUUGCUUAGAUACGCCUGAAAAGGUAAUAAUAUCUGACCAAAAUAACAGGCUAAGUGAUCAGUGUUGUCCAGAAGUGAUAACCCUUGACUGCUCCACUGAAGGCGACUGUGUUAUUCUCUCGCCGGAAAAGAUUCAGAAUGGAGGGAAAACUUCGUCUGAGGAUAUGACGUUAGAAGAGCCCAAUUCCGAGAUUGAAAUUCCCAAACAGACUGACGAUGUAGAUAGCUCUAAGAAAAUUAACUCUGACUGUUGUAAAACAACUAUUUUUAACGAGGACAUAGUAAUAGAUUCGCCUGCUUCUAACAGCGACUUGGGUGUCGUGGGGUGCGAAAAUAGGACUCCUAUUGUUACAGUAAGGUUUAAGGAUAACAAAAUGGCAAAAAUGUACAAGGCGAAGGUGAAGGCUUUUAUGUUAAAGUUGAUAAAACUACAUGGUGAUGAAAGUCUAGUAGGAUCGGACACUGAGACUGAUCUAGAGUUAGAUGUGUGGCCAGAAGACUUGCAGGAUGAUAGUGAGGAGAUGAAAACACAAGAAGAAGACAAUUUGUUCUUUGUAGAUACUGUUCCCAGUGAAGAUUCUGUUGUUGACAUUCCUAGAUAUAGUCAGAAUUCUUCUCUAAUUGAAAAUGCCCCAAUAAAAGAACCUACACCACCCCCAACAAUGAUGCGAAGGGGACCAGUCUGCUUUAACUGUGACGGAGCGCAUCCAUUGAGAGACUGUCAAUUACCAAGGAACAAUACAAGAAUAAAUGAGAAUAGGAAAAACAUGGUUAAAGUUGGUCGUUACCAUGUGGAAGAUGAGCAGAAAUAUGGCCAUCUGGUGCCAGGUAGGAUUUCAGGGCAGCUCCGACAUGCCCUCGGUCUGAAGAGACAUGAACUGCCGAUGCACAUCUACCGAAUGAGGCUCCUAGGCUAUCCCCCCGGCUGGCUGGAGGAAGCCAGGAUAUCCCACUCGGGCAUCACCAUGUUUGAUUCUGCGGGUCGCGCGAUACAGGACCCGGAAGAAGAGGAGGGCGAAGUCUCGGAGCCAGGCUGCAAAGACAAGUUCGAUAUCAAGAAGAUCCUCGACUUCCCAGGGUUCAAUGUUGCGGCCAGCUCGAGGUAUAAAGAGGAAGCACAUUCUUUCGGACUACCUCCUAUGUCGGAGCAGGACAGCAAACUGGCAAUGUUGCAAAUGCUAGCCCCCAACGCUAUGAAGGCGUAUAAGAGGAAAAAACUGACAUUCUUUCCGUCGGCGGCUACCAACGACUCCGCCAUGGAAGGACAGGCUGAGAUGGAACUGGAUAGUGGCGAUGAAACAGCAGAUUUCCCGUCGGUGCCGCCUCUACCGGACGAGGCGCCCCCGCCGCCGCCCCCUCCACCAACAUCACCGCCCCCUCCACCGACCUCUGCGCCCCUGCCGCCCGAUUCACCACCCCCUCCACCCCCUGGCACCGAACCUGACGAUCAAUCUUCAGAUGAAAAGACGGCUGAUGAACUAGAAGUGAUAGAAGUCAUGAAAGUCACAGACAUCCCCGUGCCGGAAGAAGAUCUCAUCACUAUCGACGAAGUCUUAAGUGAAUCACCAUCAGGCAGUGGCCGAGAGAGUCCAUCUCUGGAUGACCUCGAGGAGAAGAAGCGAUUGCUGUUAAAUGCUCUGGAGGGCGACAACAAAUCUAUAGUAUCCGCUGACGUCAUCACAUCAGAUGUUGGCGAAACCGAUGCCGAGAGCGAAGAGACUACGCAAAACAGUGAACAGAAAGAUACUGCAGACACUGAAUCCAGUGAAAAAGUAGUCUUGGACAGUGAAGAAUCGACCACAGUAGUGCCCAUGGAAGAUAGUGACAAUAAAGAAAUAGACAUAACAAAAACGCCAACCGACAGAGCAGGGACAGUAAAGAGCUCCCUGUAUGGCACUCCAGUUAUGAACAUAGCCUCUCCGUACACCAAACUGCCAACCGACGAGAAGUUUGCCAAAGACAUUUGUGACGUCAUAAACUUCGAGAAUCUUCCAAACUCGACAGGCAAGUACAAACAGAUUAGCUCCCUCCUAAAGAAGGUGAAACACGAAGUGGACAGGAUACAGGACUCAUGAUCCGAGCCCCCCGCCCCUAAGUAGGGGCAGUGUAGCUAUUGGACAUUUUUAUGCAAGUAUUUUUAUGGAAUUGUAAAGAAGUACUCAAGGAAAUAGUCAAGACACAAGGUAUUUUUGUACUGUUGUCCUAAGUUAUCCAAUUUUGUGGAUAUAAAAUAAUUUGUUAACACAUUAUGAUAGUUUUAUAAAACUGUACUUUUCAUUGUUCACUAUGAUUGUAAAUAAGAUCAUACGUGGAUUAUUUUCAUAAUAAUUAUGUGUGCAGUUAUCAAGAUGAAUACCAUUAGCAAUAAUAACGGACAUAUUCCUAGUCUUGGUCAAAACAAGCUUUUUAUUUACUACCUUAGCGUUCUGUGUAACAUUUUACUGUUGUUUAGAAUUUCAUUUUCUUCGACGAUUAUUUAAAUAAUGUAAAUAAAACAAAAUAUUUUUUAAA